UAUAGCAAUAGAAUGCAGCUUUUACUGUCGCAACCAGACUGCUGUUAAUGCACUUAUCAUUAUCCCAUCUAACGAAGAUGGGCCAUAGCCUAAGCAACGCCGAAAGCUGUAUGGCUGACAACAGUGAGUCACUGAUUCCUUGGCUAGUCUCAGAGAGCAUUACAACUUCAAGAAUGCUGGGGUAUGUCUUCCGCUCUGUACCACCAGGCUCGGUCCAUCUUUGUCUCCACGCCGGUUUGCGGAGCAGACACUAGCUUGUUACCCACGCGGUUUAUACCGUGACCUUGAGCCACCAAGGCUUUGACAAGCGAGAUUUGUGGAUCCGCCAAGUUGGAGGAUUCUCGACGACCAACGACCACGACCUUGCUCUUUUUUAGGCAAAAGAUCUCCCAACAUGCCACAAGAUCCUGCAAAAAAUGUCUGCGUUAUAUCUCCUGAGGGAUGUGUGCACGAGCAUGGACAGUGUCAAGUCAUAGAGCGACCAGUCCGUUAUCGGAGGUUGCGGUAUGAGAGCUAUUUAUGCUUCAGACGAUAGCCAAGAUGACUAUAGUCCAAUAUCCCUGCAGUACUUAUGAUGCUCAUCCACGGCAUGUAGCCUUUGACUCUGUUCAAAUGAGAGCACUUCAAGGUAUUGCUUUGGCGUCGUCAAUAUGAGUGUCCACGUCAACCACAAUUCAGGCACAGUUGAAGCAGGCCCCUUCGAGGGUUUACCAGCGACACCAGAUCCAGGUCUGGAUGGGGACAAAGAGGCCAAAGGCCCAACGGCUUCGACAACUCCCGCUUGGCCGGCUGCGCGCAGUCAGGAGCUUGGGCACACAGCAAUUGCGCCAGGAGUGGCUCGCAUGGAAGCGAUCCAUGCUGAGCUCCGCCUCCAUGACCGAAUCAUCCUCUUCGGCAGCAUUUUCAUCGUCGCGUAUGCAUAUGGCCUCGACUAUCUCACCCGCAACACCUACCAAGCGUAUGCCACCUCAAGUUAUUCGCAGCAUUCGCUCCUCUCCACCAUCAACGUAAUUCGUGGUGUUGUGGCUGCCUCGAUCCAACCCCUGAUCGCCAAACUCGCCGAUAUCUUUGGUCGCGUUGAACUUUUUAUCAUGGCCGUUAUCUUCUAUGUGAUGGGCACCAUCAUUCAAACAUUUGCUUUGAACGUCCAGACAUUUGCCGCCGGUGCUCUCUUCUACCAGAUCGGCUACAACUGUAGCCUGUUGGUGAUUGAGAUCAUAAUAGCAGACACUACGUCGAUGAAAACACGCAUGUUCUUUGCAUAUCUCCCUGGGGCUCCAUACAUUAUCAACACGUGGAUCAGCGGCAAUGUUGUCGACUCCGUUUUGAGAACGUCGACUUGGAAAUGGGGCAUCGGCAUGUGGGCUAUCAUCUACCCCAUCUGCAGUAUUCCACUCAUUGUCGUUCUCGUCCUAGCAAAUCGACGUUCACGGAAGAACGGGUUCCGACCACCACCAACAUUUACGGGCAAGAAUACGAAAGACUCGGUCCUGCAGUUAUUUUGGAAGCUGGACCUUGUCGGAAACCUUCUCUUGUCAGGGGCUUUGGCCAUGAUACUUAUUCCCAUGACUCUCGCUGGAGGCCAAAGUCGAGAUUGGCAAAGUGCCAGAAUUAUCACGCCGAUCGUGAUUGGAUUUCUGUUUGUGCCUGCAUUUGUGUGCUGGGAACGAGUAGCCCCUUAUCCAAUGGUGUCUAUGCAUCUGCUCAAGGACCGAGGGGUGUGGUCUGCGCUAGGGAUUGUUACAUGGGUCACUUUCUCAUUCAUGAUUACCGCAUCGUUCCUGUACACCGUCCUUGUGGUAGGGUUUGACUUCAGCAUCGCUGCCGCUACCAGGAUUUCAUCCCUCUAUUCCUUCUGCGCAGUGACGACGGGUCUGAUCCUGGGCCUUAUUAUCUCCAAGGUUCGACGAUUGAAACCGUUCAUCCUUGCUGGUGUUGUACUUUGGUUGGUAGGGUAUGGCUUGCUGGUUCAGUAUCGAGGAGGCACCGGGAGUCCAUCACGAUCUGGGGUGAUUGGUGGUCAAGUGGUUCUGGGAAUUGCUGGUGGUUUCUUCCCAUAUCCGGCACUUGUGGAGAUCCAAGCAAUGGCCAAGCACGAGCAUGUGGCGGUGUUGACAAGUCUGCUUCUGACAAUGAGCAAUAUGGGAUUCGCCCUGGGCAAUGCCGUGUCGGGGGCACUCUGGACUCAGACCUUAUACAACCGACUACAGGAAGAUCUUGCCGGUUUUGAUGAUGGGACUCUUGCGGCGGCAGUCUAUGCGUCGCCAUUCGCCGUUCUGCCAGAAUACCCUGUUGGAACCCCGGAACGAACAGCCAUAAUCUCCAGUUAUCGAUACAUUCAGAGACUGUUGAGUAUCACGGGCAUCUGCAUGGCCAUCCCAAUCGCGAUAUUUGCUCUGACAAUCAGGAAUCCGAGACUAUCCGACGAUAUUACCCAACAGGAUGCAGAAAAGAAAGUAGUGGAGAACAGCGAUGGCUCAGAGGCAUCAUCUUUGCCCAAAGGCGUUUUCAGCCGCUGGGGACAUCGAUUGAUGCACGGGUAGUCAGGUUGAUCUCGUGAAUGGCCCGCUGGUCAAGUUAGUAAUAAUAAAUCUUUUUGGAAAUA